AUGAAGCGUCAAAAACAAACUCGACUGACCCGAUGUCGCACUGGAUGCAUGCGCUGUCGAGUUCGUCGGCGAAAAUGCGAUGAAGGCAAACCACGAUGUCGGAACUGCAUUGACCGGAACUUCCAAUGCCAAUAUGGUGCCCAAUUGACCUUUUUGGAGAAAAAUGCACGCACUGUCCAAGCAUUAGAAGUCGAGACACAAUCUGCUAGUUAUGAAGCGAUUCGGUUCGUCACUGAAGAGACCUCAAAAAAUUUCAACCGAACUAAGGAUCAUCCACUGGACAAUUUUGUAUCACAGCCACAACAAGCCGACCCCAAUACACUUAGCGAUGCCAGAGAUGAAGAUGUGCCAUUCUGGCCAGAGCCAGCCCCCCAUGCCGUGGAUGAACGGAAUUACACGAUACUCAAUGACAAUGAUGAAUCGGCGGUUGCAGGAUUGUUAGCUCUCGGUAUGAAUGAACCCAAUCUGGGGCUAUCGGACCUAGAAGUUCCAUCACCAAGGAGAGUCAUCUUGAAGACUCUAGUGAUACCUUCGAAUUUGUCGCAUCAAUUACCUUCCAACCUGCACAGUAUACAACAACCACCUAAAUCGAAUAUCGAGACACUUUCACCCACUGAAACACAAGCCUUGCUACGGCAUUAUCGUUAUGAGGUCGCCUCUUGGUUGGACAUAUGUGAUCUUGGUCAAUCAUUUGGACUCCAAGGACUUCAGUUAGCGAUGAUCUCGUCGCCUAUCUGGAAGUCCAUUCUUAGUCUGUCCGAGACUUCUUUCCACCAGCUUCAUCCAGAAAAGCCACCGGGAGAGGGCAGAAAGACGUCCAUUGGGCACGCAGACUCGGAUAUGCAGGUAGACAUUACAUAUGUCGCACUGCCACGAGUUAUAGAUCAAGUGAAAGACUGUAUCUCGAAUAUCACUGCUACGUGGAACCCUGAAAGACAGUGCGAUCAUGACCUUAUGAGGGCCCUGAGUUCCCAGGCGGUGGGCAGAGAUCUUAAUUCCGCGAUUUAUUGGCUCUUUUUUAGGCUUGAUCUUGCGACAGCGUUAGUGACCGAUGGCGACAUGCGCAUGCAGAUUCCUCCGUCAUUCCCAUAUUCCACACAGGUAGAUCUUGUGGCUGAUCCAUUUGAGAUGGUUUUCUUCUACGCAUACCGCCCUCUAUGGCUCUGCGCGAGAGCGAUCCAAUUUGUGCACAACGAAGAGCCCAUGCUGGAAUUAGAGAUGGAUGAUCAGUUAGCUGGGCCAGAAAGAAGUUUCCCGGUUAUUCUCUUUGCCAAUGGAGCAGGCUUGUUUGGGAACCAGCUAUACCACACGGCUAUGUUUCUCUCACUACAUAAUCGGCCUCGCACCGCACGCAUCGCCGACUUCCACUCCGUUGCCAUGUCGCCGCUGUGGCAUGCGCAGCGGAUAUGCAGUAUUGCUCUCCACAAUGAUCGUCGGGAGUGCUGGGAUCCAUGUCUCUUGGCAUCAUUUCUGCUGGCGGCUCGUCGGAUGACACACGAAUCGCAACAACAUGAAGUUGUGCGUGGAUUCGACCGGAUCCGUACAGUGACAGGAUGGAACACAAACAACUGCUUGCACAGCCUGCGAGGCGAGUGGUGCCUCCUUGAUGAGACAUAG